AUGGACAGUACCAUACCUGUCAUGGAUGGCGCGAUUAAUUUACCACCGCGCAAAAGAGCUACUAGUCGGGCAAAAUCGACUAGACUUUGGAAAAGGGCAAAAGCCCAAUUAAACUCUGAAUCCAAGUUCAGUGAUAUUGAGGAGAAGUUCACCGAGUUCUAUAUGGAG